CCCAGCUCAAUCAAGUGAGCACGGUGCAAGGACUCGUGCUUACUACUGUGGCUGUUUUUAUCUCCUCAAAUCCACCGCUUGCGAGAGAUGUCAACUACACAUCUGAUGCAUCUUAUGCUUGUUUGGCGGAAUCGCUUGUCUUUUCGUUGUUCGGGUUAUUGUUCUGCCUGAAGGUAUCUGCCUCUGGAAUGCUUUUUCAAAAACGUAGUGCUGCAGAAAUCAUAAUUCAGAGACGCUGGAGAAUAUUCUGGCACUUACUGAGUUUAGCUGUGCCAAUCAUUAUCUUUGUCAUAUCAGUGAUACUUUUACUCAUAGCCAUCGUGUUCACGGGGUUUGCAUCUCACUCCGGAACUGUCCAACUUUAUAUGAGCAUAACAUUUGCUUUCCUUGCCACCUGUCAUUUGGUGUCGACCAUUGGUUCACCAUUCUACCACCAUUUUUCGAACGUAUUCGUCGAGAUUAUUCGCAAAAUGAGUGGUGGUAAAGAACCUCAGAAGGUGGGCGAAGCUUGAGCAUUGGGAGGUCCUGCAAAGGUACUGGCAGGUGUUCCAUCGAUUACUCUGCGAGGACAACUUCGCAUUUAGCGAUGGAGGCACUGCACACUACAACAACCACUUCCACUGUUUCGACGCUGCACGGAUUAUUU